AUGCUUAAAUGCUCAGGAACCCAACCCUGUAGUACAUGCAAGGCUCUGUACAGUGCGUGUGUGUACUCUGCAAGAGGUUUAGAUGAACAAAAUGGAAAGACGAGAAAUCACUCAUUAGCUUAUUCAAGUUCCAACAGUACUAAUAGUAUGUCGAGAAGUAACAGCUUUGCUUCAUUACAGCAGUUUAUAUCUACGAUCAAGUCACCUGUAAAUGGGGUAGAUAUUCCACUUGUUAUCAAAGGUGAUGAUGCAUUAUACCAAAAUGAUGAAGAAUUUCAGGCAAAGAUAAACACUCUCCAUUCCUCUUUAAAUCGUUUGAAAUCAGGCACUAGACAAAGCAGUAACAUUACCAGGCUUAUUAACCAAAUUGAAAGACACUUGGACGAUCUUAUUACAAAAUGGCAGCCUAAGAUAAAUCAAGAGAAGCUAAGCAGAGCGCAAGAAAAGGAUUCUCGAUCUUACGAAACACUUUUAUUGAAAAACAAGUAUACAGAUAAGAUACAUUUGACCCGAUAUGCCAUAUUUUCAGGCUCAUCUUCAACUUUCCAAAGUCAGAAUAAUAAAAAUAACCCUUUAGUAGAUGAAAUGUUUGGCCUGUACUCACCAUUUCAACUAUUUUCUUUCCAAGGAAUAGGUUACUCAUGCCAGGAGUUCCUCAAAAAAUCCAAAUUGGAAACAAUUUCAAAGGAGGCAAAAGAAUUGAUAUAUUUGAUACUUAGACUUUUUGAUAUGGUUUUUGCCCACAUUAGUGAGGGAAAGAUUUCGGUUGUACACCCAUUAGAGAAUUACUUCAAAAGUAAAAAAAUUAAUUUGCCCUCAAAUGAUAUGGGACUCACAUAUUCAUCAGAAUCUAACGGAGGCGCAUUCGAAACUAAAUCUUUAGUGACCUAUCUGUUGAAUGAGCUACCUGAAAAUUUUAUUCAGGCUUCUUCAGGCAUUCCGCUGAAGUCAUUAUUGGAGAUGCUUGGUGAUAAUUUUGCUAUGUUCAAAAUUAUACUCAAUAUGUACUAUGCGUUGAGGACUGAAUUUGAUAAAUUUAUGGUUGAUAUGACAUCUACGCUGAAAUCUUCGCCUACUUACGUAUUCAGCUCGGAAGAAAAUGAACGUUUACUGAUGUACUUGAAACAGGAAGAAAUAAUAAAAACAUUAUCCUAUACAUACUUUAACUGUACUUUGUACACUUUUUUCAGUUCACUAGGAAACUUUGACUAUUUGGAAGAAUUACUUCGUUUUAUUUCAAUAAAGGCUUGGUCGAGAGAUCACUUCUCAAUGGGUCCUAUACUUGAAUUUGCUAUUGAUAAGGCUAUACAGACCGGUUUAUCACGUUGGGAAUUUUAUGUCGGCCUAGAUGAGGAAGUUGCAGAAAGAAGAAGAAAAAUCUGGUGGUCUUUAUUUUGUAAAGAAAAAAGGCUGGCCCUAAAACUCGGGUCACCUUCAAAGGUAAAUGAUAGCCUAGUAAACUGUCUAUUGCCAAAAUGUUUUCGGGAUGCCGGUUUCCUAGAUUCUAGGGAAUUUCUUGAAAAUGUUAAUCAUGUUUCAAGAAAUUCUGUUUUUGAUAGCAUGGACAUUACCAAUUUAGCAAUGUAUGGGGAAGCCGCUAGUUUACUGAUAUCAAGUCGAUGUAGUGAAGACAUAUUAUUCUCUGAACGUUACACAUCGAUUCGAAACUCUUCACAACCGCCGUUGGUGAAGAUUAAAUUAUUCGAAGAGAUUAUAGUUAAGGUAAAUGAAGUUAAAUGUCAAUUAUUGGCUGUUAAAAAUCAAACUUCACGAUUGUUAGAUAUUGUGUUAUCUUCAAACCAGUCUGUUCAAGAGCUCCUUCCAAGAGAGGAAUUUGAUGCAGCUGUUUCUACUACUCUAUUGUAUGAAUACAUUUUUGUCAGAAUUGUUUCUAGUGUAGAUAAUCUGGAAGCUAGAUUGGCUUCAAAACCCUAUACACAAUUCCAAUCAGCUUACGUACAGAAUUCGUAUAAUGAGAUUCUAGCAAGCUGGCGGAAAAUGAGCAGUAUGCUGUUGAAUAUAAAGGAUAACUAUACAUGCAGUAAAUUUUUCUUUAUUUACUGUACUGCAACGGUCCUUGUGAUGAACAAGUCGAUUGACUUGAGUGAAAAAAUGACUGUCGAGGACAUUUUCUCCCUUCUGAGAAUAUGUGAUAAAUUUCGAGGUUUUAGAAUAUUUACUAGCAAUGAGCAAGAGAAACAAAUUUCUGAAAGUGUAUUUUUCAAAGAAUUCUGCAGAAGUGUAUCCUGUAUCGUUUUAGCCGCAAGAUUAGCGGUGCUAAGAUACUGUAAGGCGAAUAAGUUUGCCGCUGAAACAUUGAUCAAGGAAUUCCAGGAUCGCUGGCCUGAACUAGCAGUGGUACCUGGUGAGGUUAUGAAUACGAAAUCAAAGGCGUACAAAUAUCUUUUAAAACCUGUAGAACAGUCUGGUUUUCACCUCAAAGUCCGCAAAAUGCUGGAAGCAAAUUUUAAUGACUCGAAGAACUUGGAGCAGAAAAAUCAUUCAGAGAGCGUAGGGCAGUUAUCUUCACCAAAUGAGGAUAUCGCCUUAAAAGACACUAAAUCCAAUAAAGGAAAUGCGGCACGGACGAUUUCCUCGACUAGAAGUGCAUCUUUCAAUCCUUCGAUAGAUUGUUUGAUGAAUUCUAAUACAAAUGAAAAUACUGGUUUCGAAAGUGAUGCUACUUAUCAGGCACAGGAAAAAAUGAACCCCCUAGAGCUGAACACCGAUUUUUCGAGUUUUAAUCUGGGUACACUUGAUGAAUUUGUUAAUACAGAUAUGGAAAGUCUGUAUAACGUUUUAUGGAGCGAUUUAUAUCCUGAUGCCUUUUAG